UGCAAAUCAAGUCUUGACAUGCAUUUCCACCAACUUUUCUCUCUGAUUACAUCGACCUUAAUCACAGCAGCAGCUGGCGGUCAAAGUCUCCUUCCCGAGCAGCUGUUCCUCGAUUUGCCCGUUGCGGAGGUGCUCAAUCGAACUGCCUGGGACUUGGUGGAACCAUGGGCCACUGAGUACUGCACCGCCAUUGCAGAGCAGCGAUACGGAGAUGCCAUCUAUGCCCGAUACAACAUCUUUGGGGACACCACGGAUGGCAUGUUGACGUUGUGGGAUUGCACUGAUGAAGGGCUGCACCGUGAACGGAACAUCACUGUGUAUGAGCAGAUCAUGGAGGAUGCUCGAGGGUAUCAUGAUGGGCACCUGGACCUUUACCAAGAAGCGCUAGAUUUCUAUAGCAGCAACAGUCCCAACGACUCGCGGAGAGACAUCAUCGAAGCGCUGAAUAAUGUGAUGAACAAUGGGUCAGACUUCUAGCCGCUCACGAGUUCCACGAAUUUCACUCGCUAUCGGAUCCUGCAAUUACUCAAUCAUGUUUGUCUAUAUGUCGGAAAGAGUUAAUUGGUAUGCAGUUUGACAGGGAGCAGUCCACGCUGGGAGGUUUAUAUAAUUGUCUUAGCAGCACAUUUCAGUUCCGAAGGAUGUAUAUUGCGAAAUCAAGCCUUGUGACACCAAGCUCUUUGUAUCUAGUUUUCUACACACUAUCAUGAAACGAC